CGGUGCGUUACGGCCUGCGUUGAGACAUACCGCAAAUAUCUCACGGGGUCGCCUCCCACGACAGGAGGCGAAACCGCAGUAAACGAAGAGUCGCCCCUCUCCUUUCUCCAUCUCUCUCUAAGCCGGUUUCCAUCCAUCGCCAGGGGUGGACGCGCAAGAAGGGACUAGAUUCGUCUCCCCCAGCAAUCGGCGACGAAGGGCGGAGAUGGCGAAGCCGAACGCUGACGACAUGGAGCUGCGGCGCGCCUGCGCCGCCGCCAUCGGCAGCGGGGGCAGCGCCCAGGACAUCGUGCUCGCAAUCCGGGUCGCCAAGGGCCGCGGCUUCUUGGAGAAGCUCGGCCGCGUGGCCACCCCCAGAGUUCUCGUCCUCACCACUAAACACUCACCCAAAGGUGAAAGGACAAAAGCUUUUCUUCGUGUCCUAAAAUAUUCCUCUGGAGGAGUACUUGAGCCAGCAAAACUUUACAAGCUGAAGCAUCUUACAAAAGUGGAUGUCAUUUCAAAUGAUUCUACUGGAUGUACAUUCAUUCUGGGUUUCGAUAAUCUUAGAAGCCAGAGUGUUGCCCCUCCACAGUGGACUAUGCGUAACAUCGAUGAUAGGAAUCGGUUGCUUCUUUGCAUCUUAAACAUGUGCAAGGAGAUAUUUCAACGUCUUCCUAAGCUUGUUGGGAUAGAUAUUGUGGAGCUUGCUCUCUGGGCUAAGGAAAAUACACCCUCAGUAAUUAAUCGAGUGAAUGCACAAGAUGGACCAGCUACAUCUGUUAUGGAACAAAACGACCUGAAAGUUACUGUUGAAAAAGACCUUGUUUCACAAGCUGAAGAAGAAGAUAUGGAAGCUCUUCUGGGCACAUAUGUUAUGGGCAUUGGUGAAGCAGAGGCAUUUUCUGAAAGGAUGAAAAGGGAACUUCUUGCUCUGGAAGCAGCAAAUGUCUAUGCCCUACUGGAAAGUGAACCAUUGAUUGAGGAGGUAUUGAAGGGGCUAGAAACAGCUUCUCUAUGUGUGGAUGAUAUUGAUGAGUGGUUACAAAUUUUUAAUGUCAAGCUGAGACAUAUGAGAGAGGACAUUGCAUCGAUUGAAUUACGGAACAACAGAUUGGAGAUGCAGUCCGUAUGUAGCGAGGCACUUAUUGAGGAAUUGGAUAAGCUUCUUGAACCCUUGCGUAUUCCUUCCGAGUUUGCAGCAUCUCUAACUGGAGGUUCAUUUGAUGAGGCACGUAUGCUUAAAAAUGUUGAAGCUUGCGAAUGGUUGACUGGAGCGAUUCGUGCUCUCGAAGUUCCAAAUUUGGAUCCAUGCUAUGCAGAUAUGCGAGCUAUUAGAGAUAAACGAGCUGAGUUACAAAAGUUGAAGAAUACAUUUGUUCGACGAGCAUCAGAGUUCCUUAGAAAUUACUUCUCUAGUUUGGUAGAUUUUAUGAUAAGUGAUAAGAGCUAUUUCUCUCAGCGAGGACAUUUGAAAAGGCCUGAUCAUGCAGAUCUGAGGUACAAAUGUAGAACUUACGCUCGACUUCUGCAGCACUUAAAGAAUCUCGACAAGAACUGCUUAGCCCCUUUGAGGAAGGCAUACUGUCAAUCCCUUAACUUGCUUCUUCGCCGAGAGGCUCGUGAAUUUGCAAAUGAACUUCGUGCAAGUACUAAAGCAUCAAGAAAUCCAACCGUUUGGCUUGAAGGUUCCACAGGUUCCAGCCAGACAGCAAGUAGUGCAGAUACAUCCACUGUAUCUGAAGCAUACUCCAAGAUGCUUACAAUCUUUAUUCCGCUUCUUGUGGAUGAGAGUUCCUUCUUUGCACAUUUUAUGUGCUUUGAAGUUUCUGCACUUGUUCCGGCUGGUGCUUCUAAUGGUAAGAAAAAGGGAUCUGAUGACAACAGUGCAAGUGAUGAUGAUAUAAACUUGAUGGAUUCUGAAGGAAAUGAUGUUAAACAAAGUAAUAACUCUACUGAGUUGGGGGCACUAAAUGAUGCUCUCCAUGAUUUACUUGAUGGAAUCCAGGAGGACUUCUAUGCUGUGGUUGAUUGGGCAUACAGGAUCGAUCCUCUCCGCUGCAUAUCAAUGCAUGGGAUCACAGAGCGCUAUCUUUCUGCACAGAAAGCUGAUGCAGCUGGAUUUGUACGUGAGCUGCUUAAAGACUUGCAGACUAAGAUAUCAACACAAUUCAGCAGGUUUGUAGAUGAGGCUUGCCAUCAGAUUGAAAGGAAUGAACGUAACACAAGGCAGAUAGGAGUUCUAUCUUAUAUAUCAAGGUUUGCCACCCUCGCAUCACGGAUGGAGCAGUACAUUCAAGGACAAUCUAGGGAUUUGGUUGACAAGGCAUAUACAAGAUUAGUGAGCACCAUGUUCACUACUCUGGAGAAGAUUGCACAAAGUGACCCAAAGUCUGCUGAUGUUAUACUAUUGGAGAACUAUGCAGCUUUCCAGAACAGUUUAUUUGAAUUGGCCAAUGUCAUCCCAACACUAGCAAAAUUUUAUCAUCAGGCUAGUGAAGCAUAUGAACAAUCUUGCACACGCCAUAUUAGUAUAAUCAUUGAAAAUCAAUUUGACAAGUUGUAUCAGUUUUUCCGGAGGAUUGAUGAUUUAACGUAUACAGUGCCCCAUGAGGAAAUUCCUUUUCAGCUUGGACUGUCAAAAACAGAUCUCAGGAAGGUGUUAAAAUCCAGUUUAUCUCAGGUUGACAGAUCCAUAAAUAUGAUGUAUAGAAGACUGCAAAAGACUUUAAGUUCUGAGGAAUUGCUGCCUCCUUUAUGGGACAAGUGUAAGAAAGAGUUUUUGGAGAAAUACGAAAGCUUCGUGCAGGCUGUCGCCAAGAUUUACCCAAAUGAGAGCAUGCCUCCGGUGUCAGAACUGAGGGAUCUUCUAGCUUCGAGUUAGAUGCGAACUGAGAAUGUCUGGAUUUCCGAUGAUUCUUCCAUGUAAAUCUUAUUUCUGUUUACCUUUGUUCUGCGUUUCUUGUUGAACCCAGAAGCAUAUAUUUUUGGUGAUGCUAUAUAUCUUGUUAAAACUAUUAUUCGAAUGGUCUUAAUCGAAUACUCCGUCCUUGAUAUGGUA